GUAAGGGCGCUCGGCGAGCCCAUCUCUCCUCGAAUGAAAGGAAACAACCCCCGGCGACAGAACCCCGCUCUUCGGCUGUGCCGAAGAACCGACGCCCGCCUUCCUCGUCUUCCCUCGUGGGCGCUGUCCUCCCGUCGCCCGCCCAUCGGGCCAGGCUGCAUUUCUUGAGGCUUAAAGUGGCAUUCUAAAAGCAGUUUAAAAAUCAUGUCAAGCUCAGUUGAACAGAAAAAAGGGUCUACAAGACAGCGCAAAUGUGGCUUUUGUAAGUCAAAUAGAGACAAGGAGUGUGGACAGUUACUAAUAUCUGAAAACCAGAAGGUGGCAGCACACCAUAAAUGCAUGCUCUUUUCAUCUGCUUUGGUGUCGUCACAUUCCGAUAAUGAGAGUCUUGGUGGAUUUUCUAUUGAAGAUGUCCAAAAGGAAAUUAAAAGGGGCACAAAGCUGAUGUGUUCUUUGUGCCAUUGUCCUGGAGCAACAAUUGGCUGUGAUGUGAAAACCUGCCACAGGACAUACCACUACCACUGUGCAUUGCAUGAUAAAGCUCAGAUCCGAGAGAAACCUUCACAAGGCAUUUACAUGGUUUAUUGUCGAAAACACAAGAAAACGGCACAUAACUCUGAAGCUGAUUUAGAAGAAAGUUUUAAUGAGCAUGAACUGGAGCCCUCAUCUCCAAAGACUAAGAAGAAAAGUCGCAAAGGAAGACCAAGGAAAACUAAUUUUAAAGGGCUGACAGAAGACACCCGAUCUACAUCUUCCCAUGGAACAGACGAAAUUGAAAGUAGUUCCUAUCGGGAUAGAUCUCCACACAGGAGCAGUCCUAAUGACACUAGGCCUAAAUGUGGAUUUUGCCAUGUAGGGGAGGAAGAAAAUGAAGCAAGAGGGAAGUUGCAUAUAUUUAAUGCCAAGAAGGCAGCUGCACACUAUAAAUGCAUGUUGUUUUCUUCUGGCACUGUCCAGCUCACAACAACAUCAAGAGCAGAAUUUGGAGAUUUUGAUAUUAAAACUGUACUUCAGGAGAUUAAACGAGGAAAAAGGAUGAAAUGCACACUUUGCAGUCAGCCUGGUGCAACUAUUGGAUGCGAAAUAAAAGCCUGUGUUAAAACCUACCAUUAUCACUGUGGAGUACAAGACAAAGCAAAAUACAUUGAAAAUAUGUCACGAGGAAUUUACAAACUAUAUUGUAAAAACCAUAGUGGAAAUGAUGAGCGAGAUGAAGAAGAUGAGGAGCGAGAGAGUAAAAGCCGGGGAAGAUUAGCGAUUGAUCAGCAACUAACCCAGCAGCAGCUUAAUGGAAACUAGGUUCCUGGGACAGAGAGAGUUAGAAAACUGAGAAUAAGACAUCUGUAACUCCUAUGCUUUUUUGCUUUUCACUCUUUUCUAAAUUAAAAAAAAAAAGGGUUUGUAACUUUUUACUGCCCCACUCUUAGAUCCUUUAUUGAACUGCCGGAAAAACCCCUUGUUUGUUUUCUGAGCCUCACUAGAUGGCCGAAUUUGACAUAUUGAUAUUAUGUAGCUGUAGUUUGCAGUUUCUGGGAAGCAAUCGAAACACUAUUAACCAUGUGUAUACUGUCAGCAGUUAAAACAGACAUCGGAUGAAGUAAACUGUAUGUCUGGACUGAACAAAGUUCUGCUACUUAGGAUGUUUAAGUUUGUAGUGGAUCCAUGCUCAAAGGAAACCGGAAGCAAGUUGUACUUCACCAUGCAAGCACGCCUCUGGUGGCGACACCUGGUAACUUGUGAACCUUUUUUUUCAUACUCAAGCAAUGGAAACUACAAAUGAAAAGAACCUUCUUUUUAUCUUGGCUUCCACAGCAAAUGUUAAACGUUUCUUCCAAGAAGUGUGCUGAAGCCUUCCUUUUUAGAGUCGUUCUCACUGAUCAGGCAUGGACUCUGGGCAACUGGGGAUGAGAAGCUCUGAGCUCUAGCGCAUCUUCCAAAAUUCUCUUGUCAGUACACCUUUCUGUGCUGUACAGAGAACUUCUGGCAAAAUAAUCUUUGACAGCAGCCAAUUAAACCUCUGUGAGAUUAAAGAGGUUACCAAUGCGCUAAGGACUUUGGACACCAUGUCCAAAAUGAGUUCCUGUCAAGUGCCCUGUUGUGUGGAACACUUCACAUCCUGGUCCAAAGUAUAUCAGGAGGUCUCCUGUGCUAACAGAUUAUAAAGAAAAAGAAAAAAGGCUUUGAGGAAAACAGUAUUUAUUUUUGGUUUUGUGACCACUAUUUUAGAAACUUUAUUUAAUGCUUUCAGUCAUUGGUUUGCUUACAUAUUGAAUAGGCUUUUGUGCCCUGCUUUCUUCUAGGGCUCGGAAGUGUUUCUUAAUCACCAGGUUUUUAGAAAGGAUUUCCACUGGCGUCUCUCGCUAGUGGCGCUCUUCCACUUACCUGCUGAAGCACAUUUAUAUAUUUCUUUAUGGCAAAGCCAAAAAAAAUAGUUGUGGUCUGCCUAAUAUUACCAUAGCACCUCAGUAUGAAAGGUAGGGAUUCUGAGCUCUGAAUUAUUAGUUAACCUACCACAAUGACCAGAUUUGCAAAUAACAACAUACUAACUUGACUGUACAUUGAUCUUUUCUGCAGCUGGUUGAACAGCAUUUUUAAAUGUAACAGGUGGAAAAUUACACUGUGCUUAUUGACUGAAUUUUUAAACUGCUAGUCCCUUAAGAUCAUGUUUGUUAAAAUGUGUACUUACACAUUUACUUAAAUCAAGGGACUCGAUGCUUGCUUUAUUUUAACCAUCUUUUAUUGUUAUUUUAGAAGGAAACUAGCUUUAGUAGUGGAUUGCCUUGUACGUCUUCUCCUUUUGCUCUUAAUAUGCCAUGAUGUGUAUGUGAUUAAUUUUCAAGGUUCAUCAUGACUUGAAGUGCAAGGACAGAUCUCAGUUUGUUUACCAAGCGAUGUGACUUUUUCCAAAGGAUCUGUACUUUAUUUCCUUAUAACAGCUUGAAAACAUUAUUUUUUAAAUCUUUAAAUCACUGUGUCUAGGUAAUUUUUACAUUGUGUGCCAUAGAACUUACCCAUGGAGAAAUAGAGCUCCUUCAUUUUUGGACAACUACUGUAAUGAAUUUUUUAAGAAAAAUGGAAGGUGCCAGGGGUAAUUAUGGCCAGUCAAUAAUUAUAUACAGGACUUCAAAUACUAUAGCUGUCAGUUGAUGGAUUUGAUAUGUAGUAAAUGUAUGACUUUGUAUGGGUUUUUUAGCCCUUUCUCUGCCACUAGCAACCAGAAAAGCACUUUACCUUUUGGUUGGUUAGAUAAGUGGCUGACUACCUGUUUUUCUCACUGUGGUGUGAUUGGCUAAAUAACCUUCAUUUAAAACUGAAGUCACAUUAAAAACUCAUGUUUGGGUGUAAACUUCCAAUAUUUUGAUUCUUUGUUUCUGUUUUCAUUCUAUGCUGAGUAAAAGUGCCUUACAAUGUAAAAAUUGUACAGUACUUGUGUUCCCAAGUAGCAUCUUCAUCACCUGGCUAGUAAUUACAUUGUGGUAUUAAUAUUUAGAUAAAUGGACCUCAGCAGUGUAUUUACUGUACAUCUCUUAAGUCCUUAACUGUAGUUUUAAUAAGCAUGACAUUAUUUGGUAAAUAUAUGGCAUUUACAUCAUUUCCAAAAAUACUGCCAUGGCUGUCUUAUGCGUAUUUUAGCCUGAAAUUUUGAUGCGUCUUUUUUCUCCUGUUUUUUCUUUGUUUUAUUCUUUUUUUGUCAUUAUUAAUAUUAAAACGUGUAAUCUUUGCAAGCGUAUAUUGAAGAUUAUUCUGGUGCGUUUAUUGCCUUACCAGAAACGUUAGUAGGAAAUGUUCUUUAGAGUAGAAGGGUAGACUUGAGUUUCUAUACUUUAAUAAGUUCCUGGGGGGAGGGGGUGUUUUACUUUCAUCUCAUUGUUUAAAAACCCACACCUGAAGUAAAUUUCAUUUCAAGGAUCAGCAGUUUCAAACUUGAGGUGGUACUUGUUCAGUAUAUACUACUCAAGAUACUAACAGAACGUGAUCUAUAUACAUCUGCUAUUGAAUCGAAUCUAUGUACUUGAACAAAUGUGUGAAUCUCAAAUAUCUCAAAGCAAAAGUGUUGUAGAAUGUUGUUGCUUUUUGAAAAAGCACUGAAGUUAGACCAAGGCACAGUUUUGUUUUAACAGACAUUUAAGUUAAUUGUAAAGAUAAGGAAUGCUUCAUGGGUCAAAAAUCAAACAUUCCUCACAUGUUAUGUAUAUUUUGUUCCUGUUAUAUUGGCUUUAUUUUCAAAAUUGUAGUUCGUAGUAUUAGUUUCCUUUUAUUGGUAUUCUUGCAUAUCCGUUCAAUAAAUAAGUUCUGAAUUUCAGAUCUGUGUGUUUUUUUGUAAGAGCGUGUAUCCACGGUUGUUUGGUAAUAACAGUAGUGCUUUCUUUGUUUGUUCACUCUCUCUUUACUCCAAGUGAAAUACAAAAAUGUAGUAUGUUUAAUCGUUUGAAGAUAAACCAAUAUAGGAGGAGGGCUAGAGAGGGAGUUCAGUGGUCGGGAUCGGCCAGCAUACUCUCGGCCCUGAGUUCAGUCCCCUGGUGUGAUGCAUACCUCAAAAGCAGUUGGACUAGAAGAGUCUGGUUGAAAACGAAUGUGAACAGUUUGGAGUUUGACAAUAUAAAGAUGGCAUCAUGCAGAGGAACAGCAACCUUUUAAAGACAAUAGAGUCGCAUUCUGUCUUGGUCCUUCUAAUACAUGGUUCAGAUCCCCAAUACAAGUCCGCUGCCACCAAGUCAGUUUGUAAACUCUGCAAAUGAACACAUCAAAACACCCAGUACAGAUUAGCUGACAAGUAAUGGUCAUUCAGCUAUUCUACCUGCUUACUACUGGAACUUUGCUCGUGUGUUGAGCUUGAUCCUACCCAGGUCAGGAAUCAAAACUUCAAUUCAUGGACUGUAUGUCUCCCAUAUGUAGUUUCUAACCCUGCAUUCUUAUGGAGGGAUAGCUGAAACGUACAAUGAUGUGCUUUUCUACAAAUGCUACCUACUGGUUCCUGGCACAAGUUUGUCUCUAUGUAUUUAAAAUCCAUGA